UCUUUCUCUCUGCUGUGGGCGGCAGUCGAGAUGCCCGACACAGAGCCAGGAGAGGCUCCGGUAGCUCCUGCUGAUGGGGCGCAGCUUCCAGCCUCUCCCCGGUCCCCUCGACCAGCGGGACGAGGUUUGCCCAUGCCCGGCGGAACAGACUUGCCGCCAGGUUUACCACCCGGUGUAUUCAUUGCACCUCCUCCACCUCGUCCGAACCUAGGCUCGCUGCUCUUCAUGGCGGCAUGGUUCUUCUUUAUGAACGGGGGUAACAAUAUGCCUCAGUCUGCAUACAUCGGUGAAAAUGGACAGAUUCAGAUGCGUCAGACGGAGCUGGGACUCAUUCAGGAACAAUAUGUGGAUUACAGGAGCUUUGUGAAUGGUACAGGGAACUGGUCCGAGCCUGCUGCUCCUGAGGUCCAACCAUUCGCUCUCCUCCCACACGAGUAUAGGCAUCCCGCAACUCAUGCGUUUUACGACAACAUUACAGGCUUCUAUCGUGAUGCUCGCGUUCAUCCGAUCAACCUGCUGCAUCCUCCCUCAUCAUCUCCACCUUUCUUUCACAACGUGGUUCUCCCCGCCGUCAACACUACAGGUCAAUGGAACGAAACCCUCGUCGCAGACCUCCAAGGAGAAUGGGAUUUUCAAGCUGUCAACAAAUGGAGCAUGAAUCUCAAAGAGAGGAAUCUCUUCCUUCAAAAUCACACAGACUGGACAUGGGUCAAAGGCAGCGCAACACUCUCAGCCACUGGGGAUAAGGAGAUUGAAUAUGAUUUCUGGGGACUUCACUUUGUUCCUAAUGGAACUUACAAUCUCUUUGGUCUCCCUGAUGGCAUGCGUAUCGACAUUCGAAACAUCCCACGACUGUUCCCCGAACAUGCCAAUGUGACGAGACACAUCAUACUUGCCGAGCUGGAGAAGGAGUUGAGAAUACAAGAGCAGAAUAUGUUAUUGACGGAUGCUACGCCGGAUGAGAACACGCUCACCAAAUGCCCCCUCAUGAUUCAUUUGACCGUACCGCAAAUCCCAUUUACUACGACGCCCAACGCUGUCAAGCUGUACGAGGAUGAACUCCAUGCAUGUACAGGAAUCAGGUGGAGUCUUCCCCGACCUCCUGGAUACUGGGAAGGGCGAGGUAUGGGAGGCGUCGCCAUUGCAGAUCAAUGUGGUUGGGCAUUCGGUAUCGAGGGAGGGAAAGGGAUAAGAUUAGAUGAUUUCUGGCGAAAGUCAAUCAACUACGCUUCGUUUGCCUCUGCCUCCCAACUCAUCGUCCUGUUGCUCCUUGUCAGACAAAUGGAAGCGACGCGAACACCUUCUACCCUGACCAAAGUAUCCGUCCCGACGAUCGUCAUGAUGGGCAUUGCAGAUUCGUGGAUCUUUUCCGCACACGCAGUCAUGGGCAUUGUCUCUGACAAUCGGACGAGUAUGCCAAUGCUAGUCCCCGGGUUCUUUUGUCUCUGUACUGCGAUCGUCUUUGUCCCGCGAUACGCCGUCCUUUUACACCGCAUCCAGGCUCCAGAGAGAGCCAAUACGACGGCGGCGGGGAACGCUCAGCGGACCAAUACGGCACCUGUGACAGGCACGACGCCGACCGCUGGCGAUGCAGCUCAGCCCUCUGUUGAGACCGAGAGCGCGCCACUCAUCGAGCGUCUCCGCUCAGCGUUGAUCGAGAACAAGGGCUUGAGAUUUGCCGGCGGUAUGCUCCUUCUCUUGAUCUUCUUCAACGUGGCUUUCCUCCCCUCCAUGAUCCCGUUCCUCCUUUUUAUCAUGUACUCUUUCUGGUUGCCUCAGAUCUGGCGAAAUGCCCGACAGGGGAAUACGCAUGCGAUGGAUCAUCGCUUCGUUUUGGGUACUUCACUGGGACGUCUGGCUCUGCCUCUCUACAUCUUCGGCUGUCCUGAUAAUGUCUUCUUCGUCCAGCGUACCAACUGGGUUUGGAUCCUCGUCUUCUGGCAGUGUAUUCAGAUUAUCAUCCUGCAUGCUCAAGAGCGAUUUGAUCCAUCCUUUUUCCUCCCCAAACGUUUCGCCCCGGCAGAAUCAUACAAUUACCAUCCACUCCUCCCACCUUCGGACCCAGAAAACCCCACCAUGGACACCGAAAAGACCUGCUCAAUCUGUAUGGAGGAAGUCGACACGCGACCUGGUCCUUCUGGAGAAGUGUUACUAGGCAUGAACCCUAGACGAGCCUACGCUUUGGCCCCAUGUCAUCACUUAUUUCAUACUAAAUGUCUGUCUCAAUGGAUGGCGAUCAAAACCAUCUGUCCGUUGUGUAAACGUAGUCUGCCACCACUGUAAUCACACUUUGCAAGCUUUCAGCAUCAUGUUGUAUUGCACACCAGUUGCACACCUCCAGAUUAUAUGCAUGGAUGCAGAGGAUAGAGAUGA